GAUUGAUGUCAUUUUACUAUCUUAGAUGGAUGACUAUACCUUGAGCUCAUAUCUCUACUUUGAUCCAUACCCAUAUGCUUGCCUCCCCAGUUUUGGACUUAGAAUGACCACAGAUUCUCCAAUUGGAUUCAGCCCAUUGUGAUCUGUACAGAGAACCCAAAUCAUGUAUUUCUUGUUUCUGUAGACUUCAGAUUUGGGUGUUCUCAGCUUUCUGGAUUCCUUUCUCUUAUCAAUGCAUUAACUGCUGAUACAGAACAUAGGACAGCUUUACAUCAAAUUGUUUGAUUCUGAUAAACCUAAAAAAUGAGUCAUUACAUUUCUUUCAUACUAAAUUAACAUCCCCUCCAGAUUGUUCAUGACAUAUGUCAGAUUUUUCUUCUUAAACAGAUAAAUUAAAAUGACAAAGUGGGUUAAAUGUCAGGAUUAUAGUUUGUAUUACUCAGCUUCUGUCAGGCAAUGCUGUAAUAAUCAACAACCCCACAUCUCAAGUGUCCUACAAUUUCCUGGUAUAGUUACAUCCAUCCUACCUGGCAGUUGAAGGUCAGCUGUGCUCUAGUAUCUUUUUCAUUCUAGGACCCUGCCUGACAGUGCACAUUUUUGGAAUGCGCCAUUCUCUGGGUGGAAGGAAGUGGAAUCUUUGGUUGAAGGUGGCAUGUGUCAUGUGGCUCCCAUAUAAGGCCAAGCCUGACAUCAGUGGUGGGUGGGGGAUGAAUAUCCAUCUUUUUACAGAGCAGUGCAUAUGGCCAGCGACCAGCGGGGAUCUGUAUCCUCUUAAAGGGAGACACUGAAAAAUUGGAAACAGUGAUGCAGUCUACCUUGCAAUUAAUCAGUUUGCUGUUAUUGUUGUUAAUCAGUAUUUUUAAAUUAAAGGAACACAGCGAGAUAAAAAAAGAGCUUACAGAACUGUCUGGUAGUAUGUUCUUUUCCGAUAUAGAAGACUUCUCUUUUGGCCCAUGGUUUUCCUUUUACUAGAAUUCCUUACCUCUCCUGAAUCUUCAUUGUGAAAGUGGGGACUGAUGAAAGAAGCUGGGGUGAAGACAUCUUAAACCAGAGGAAUGAUUCUCUAGUUGUGGAAUUUCAGUCGUCAGCCAGCAGAUGCAGGAGUGUCUAUGAACCAGAUAGAAAUGUGUUACGGAGGAAAGAGCGAGAGAGAAGAAAUCAGGAGACUCAACAGGAUGAUGGAACAUUUAAUUCGAGUUACUCCCUCUUCAGUGAACCCUACAAGACUAACAAGGGGGAUGAACUCUCCAACCGGAUCCAGAAUACUUUAGGCAAUUAUGAUGAAAUGAAAGACUUUUUAACUGAUAGAUCUAAUCAGAGUCAUCUCGUUGGCGUUCCCAAACCUGGGGUUCCUCAGGCUCCCGUGAACAAGAUCGAUGAACAUUUUGUUGCAGAUUCAAGAGCCCAGACCCAGCCCUCAUCUGUCUGUAGUGCUGCAUCUUCCACACCAGCAGCUGUCCCCGUGCAGCAGAGUAAGAGGGGCACCAUGGGCUGGCAGAAGGCUGGGCACCCGCCAUCUGAUGGCCAACAGAGAGCAAGUAAGCACGGCCACAGGUUGCUUGAUUUGAACAGAUCUGCUAACCCAAAGAACCAUAAUAAAAAACCUAAUCACUGUGUGUCGAGCCCCUCAUCCUCAUCUUCCUCUUCUUCUUCUUCCAACUCAGCACAACAGGGCUCUCUCAGGACCUUGCUUGGAGAUGGUGUGGGCAGACAGCAGCCACGGGCCAAACAAGUGUGCAAUGUAGAGGUGGGUCUUCAGACUCAGGACAGGCCACCUGCUAUGGCAGCCAAGCACAGCAGCAGCGGACACUGUGUUCAGAACUUCCCUCCUUCUCUGGCUUCAAAACCCAGCCUGGUCCAGCAGAAACCGACCGCGUAUGUGCGGCCAAUGGAUGGCCAAGAUCAGGCUCCUGAUGAGUCUCCAAAGCUUAAGUCAUCCACAGAAACCAGCGUGCACUGCACGUCCUACCGGGGAGUCCCAGCCACCAAGCCCGAGUCUGCCAGAGCCAAGGCCAACAAGCUUUCCAAGUUCAGCAUCCCCAAACAAGGAGAGGAGAGUAGAUCUGGAGAAACCAACAGCUGUGUUGAAGAAAUAAUUCGGGAGAUGACCUGGCUUCCACCACUUUCUGCUAUUCAAGCACCUGGCAAGGUGGAACCAAGCAAAUUUCCAUUUCCAAAUAAGGACUCUCAGCUUGUUUCCUCUGGACACAGUAAUCCAAAGAAAGGUGACGCUGAGCCAGAGAGUCCAGACAAUGGCACAUCGAAUACAUCUAUGUUAGAAGAUGACCUUAAGCUAAGUAGUGAUGAAGAAGAGAAUGAACAGCAGGCAGCCCAGAGAACUGCUCUCCACGCUCUGUCUGACAGCGCCGGGGCCCCGCAGGCCAACCGCAGAGCCUCCGUGCCGUCCAGCAAGGCCAGCAGCAGCGGGAGCGGAAGCAGCGGAAGCAGCUCCUCCAGUGACUCGGAGAGCAGCUCCGGAUCCGACUCGGAGACGGAGAGCAGCUCGAGCGAGAGCGACGGCGGCAGGCCUGCCCGCUACUCCAGCCCCGAGACUGAACCAGCGUCCUCCAACAAGUGGCAGCUGGAUAAAUGGCUAAACAAAGUGAAUCCCCACAAGCCUCCCAUUCUGGUCCAAAAUGAAAGCCACGGGCCGGAGAGCAAUCCUUACUACACCCCCGGGAAAGAAGAAGCACAGGACUGUGGGAAGCUUCCCGAUGUUUGCCAAAGCAGCCUGAGAGACAAGGACAUCCAGGGCACCUGCAAGGAGGAGCAGAGGCCAAGGACCGCCAGCAAGGCCCCGGGGAGCAAAGCCGCGAAGCAGAAGUCCCCGCCGGCGGCCGUGGCCGUGGCCGCAGCUGCCCCGCCGCCUGCGGUGCCCGUUGUGCCCGCCGAGAGCGCACCCGCGCGGAGGCCUGCGGGCAAGAAGCCCACCCGGCGCACCGAGAGGACCUCCGCCAGCGACGGCGCCAACUGUCCCCGGCCCGAGGAGCCGGGGGCCGCGGACGUGCCGGGGGCGGGCGUGGCGGCGCCUCCCGAGCCCCCAAAACCCAGGCUGUGCGGCAACGGCAGAACGAGCCACCGCAAGGAGCUGCGCUCCUCGGUGACCUGCGAGAAGCGCCGCACGCGGGGGCUCAGCAGGACCGUGCCCAAAUCCAGGGAGUUCAUUGAGACCGAGUCGUCCUCAUCCCCGUCCUCGGACUCGGACCUGGAGUCGGAGCGGGAGGAGGACCCCCUGUCCAAGGCGCAGACCGCGGCCGCCGCCACCUCCGGCAGCGACCAGAGGCUGAAGGAGGCCGCCAACAGCCUCGGCGGAGCCGGGCCCCGCGCGCCCGUGGGCUCCAUCAGUGCCAGGACCACCAGCGACAUCGCCAAGGAGCUGGAGGAGCAGUUCUACACGCUGGUGCCCUUCGGCCGCAACGAACUUCUCUCCCCGCUGAAGGACAGCGACGAGGUCAGGUCCCUCUGGGUCAAAAUUGACCUGACCCUUCUGUCCAGGAUCCCAGAGCACAUGCCGCAGGAGCCGGGGGUCCUGAGCGCACCUGCAGCCAAGGACACCGAGAGCGCGCCCCCCAGCCAGCCAGCCGACACACCCACCGAAAAGGCGCUGCCAAAAUCCAAGCGGAAACGCAAGCAGUGUGACAAUGAAGACGACUACAGAGAGAUCAAGAAGGCCCAGGGAGAGAGAGAGAGCUCUUCACGACUGACCGCCCCAGCCAGUAACACUUUGUCUGCAAACCACUGCAACAUGAACAUCAGCAGCUUGGCAAUACCAAUAAAUAAAAAUGAAAAAAUACUUCGGUCACCCAUCUCACCCCUCUCUGAUGCAUCUAAACACAAAUAUUCCAGCGAGGACUUAAAUUCUUCCAGCAGACCCAACGGCAAUGGUUUGUUCACUUCCACCUCCUCCAACAAAAAGCAUAAGGCCGAGAACCAGCCACAGUCUCAUGCUGGCGACUUCACGAAAGCAGCUCACAACUCUGAAAAUGUUCUCCACAAGUCUCGGCCACAAACAGAGCCCUGGUCUCCAGGCUCCAACAGCCACAAGGACUGCAAGAGGCAGAAACUGGUCUUCGAUGACAUGCCACGCAGUGCAGAUUAUUUUAUGCAAGAAGCUAAGCGGAUGAAGCAUAAAGCAGAUGCAAUGGUGGAAAAGUUUGGAAAGGCUCUGAACUAUGCUGAAGCAGCCUUGUCAUUCAUUGAGUGUGGCAACGCCAUGGAGCAAGGUCCGAUGGAGUCCAAAUCUCCCUAUACAAUGUAUUCAGAAACAGUAGAGCUCAUCAGGUAUGCUAUGAGACUAAAAACCCACUCAGGCCCCAAUGCCACACCGGAGGACAAGCAGCUGGCCGCAUUAUGUUACCGGUGCCUGGCUCUCCUGUACUGGCGGAUGUUUCGACUCAAAAGGGACCACGCUGUAAAGUAUUCAAAAGCACUUAUCGACUAUUUCAAGAAUUCAUCUAAAGCUGCCCAAGCCCCAUCUCCAUGGGGUGCCAGUGGAAAGAGCACUGGAACCCCAUCCCCCAUGUCUCCCAACCCCUCCCCCACCAGCUCCGUGGGGUCUCAGGGGAGCCUCUCCAGCACCAACACCCUGUCCCCUUCAACCAUUGUCAGCAUCCCCCAGCGCAUCCACCAGAUGGCAGCCAAUCACGUCAGCAUCACCAAUAGCAUCCUUCACAGCUACGACUACUGGGAGAUGGCAGACAACCUGGCCAAGGAGAACAGAGAGUUCUUCAAUGACCUGGAUCUGCUCAUGGGGCCCGUCACCCUGCACAGCAGCAUGGAGCACCUGGUCCAGUACUCGCAGCAGGGCCUGCACUGGCUGCGGAACAGUGCCCACCUGCCAUAGAGACCUUGCCCUGGAGCUGGACUGGGCUCUCGUCUCCAUGGAUGGCUCAACGUUUCUGGACACUGUGCUACUGAAAUUCCCAGCCACAGCAUUUAUCAAACUGCGGUGAAUAUAGUCUCAGCAUUCAACAGUGGUCUUUUCCCAGGGCAUGUGUGUUUGUAUGUGUGGGUGUCUAAAAACUGCCUGUGUAUGGAUGUAAGGUACACAGCUCUUUAGAACACACUUUCUUUGUCUAAUUUCUAUAAUCCCAGGCUAGACAAAGUGAUCAGAAGUUUCUGAUUAGAGAAAAUACACUUACACGUGCACACACACACACACACACACACACACACACACACUUUCUAUUUCAAAGCUAAACCAUGACUUCUUAGAACAUUCAACCAAAUCUCAUGGGUUAGUUAACCAGGUGCAAUACAGCACACCAAAAGCUUGACUGCCAGUUAAGAUGAACCUAGUUCUUCUACUAUUGAUUACUUUCAGUAUUAAUAUACUAUUCCCCAAUUAUUUUUUGAUUCUGUGUAUCAAUUGGUAAUUGAGUAAUGAAAAUAAGUCAGUUAUUUUUGUGCUGGACAUUUCCUAGUUGCAUGUUACCACACACCUUCCUUUCGUCUAAUCCCUUACCCUCCCUCCGGUUUUUAUUAUCAGCUAAAUGCGUUAGAGCAAAUGCAUCGGCUCCCACAGGCCUCUCUGCCCUGCCUCCAGCGGAGAGUGAAAGCAGCCCUGAGAUCUGAUGAAAAGCUGUCCAACAUCAAUACGGCAACAGCUGUGAUCGGGAGCUCAGAGUUGCAUUCUUCCGCACAGGCCGCAGCCAGCCCACCCAGCACGUGGGCUUCUCCUUCCUGCCACUCUGACGUGGUGGCUAUAGAGCCUCGUGGCGUUUGUCAGCCCAUGUUUUUCAAGCCUUCUCUUUCUUACAAUUUUCUUGGCCAAAUUAGGACAUCAGCUAGAAUGUCCAUUCCCUGGAAGUCUAUAUCUGUUACUUAUUAGGCUGAGAACUAUUUGCUGUCCUGGUACUGUCUAAUCCUCUGACUCUUCAUGCAGAAUAUGCAUCUUCAGGCCUUCAGUGCAUUGUGAUCCGGGACUAGGUUUUCAGGCUUUGAUUAGCAGGCAGCUUGCUGCGCAGGGGGAGCUCUUCCUGCCAUGAUCGCCAUCCCGCUUUGGGAGCCACGACCAGAGCAUCAUGCUUACAUCCUGUGCCUCUGGUUUGUUUACGUCUCCCCUUGAUUCUUCACUUGCUUUUUUUUUUUUUUUUUAAAUUAAGUUUACAUUUUAGUUUUUUAACAUCUUGUUUACAGUUUUUGUCUGAAACUUAUUUCUUUUAUAGUCUCUUGUCUAUAUGCCCUAGAUUUAGCCUUGUUGUUAAGUAUGUUUGGGUAUAAAAAUAUUGGUUAAAAAAAAAUCUGAAAAAUCUGAUAUACCUUGCACACUUUAAAAACAAAAAUGAUGCCCUUGAAGCCUCUCACUUGAUAAAAUUGCACCUGGAUGGUUCGAGAAAGACAGGUGAUACAGUAUGUGAAGCGAUCCAUUUUUCAAGGUGAUGGCGGCACAGACUGUUUAUAAGAGGUAUUGAUAGAUGCUUUCAUUGAUGGUCUUAUUGGUCUGGUUGCAAUGUUACUAUUUGUCAUCUGAUCUGUAAGUGGGAAAUAAGAUUGCUGUAAUUCCCUAGCUCUAAGUACUGAUUCAAAACUGCACAAAUGUUUAAACAACUUUGGUGAUUUGAAAUGAAUUUAAAGUGAGCCAUGGAAAGGUUUGUGAAGUUUGCACUUGGCUUUGGCCUUGAAGCAUCUGGAAAUACUAACAGUAUUUCUGUUGUCCAUGUAUCCAGCUGAGGUGCUUCUCACAUCCCUUUCUCUCGUAGUUGGUGGAGUUCUAAUUUUAGAAACUUUGAAUUACUUUUUUUGAAGGAUGGAGGCUUAGUUCCACAUAAGCUUGCUGCCUUCUGACAGAACGCUCAGAUUCUCACAUAACAGGAUGGCCCUCACCGUCUGUCAUGUGUCCCCCCUUACCUGGUCUUGCUCAUCUUGAAAGUCACGGGCUCUGCUGUGGUAUUCACAUGGUGGGCUCACCCACGCAACCCCUAAAAUGUGAAGGUGGCCUCUGGCUGAUGAUGGCAGGCACAUUCUGUCAGCACUUUGGUGGCCCGUGUUUCCCAACAAAACUUGCAACAGGCCAUUUGGGGAAUGACCUGAGCAUGUACCUCCUCUUGCAGUCUUUCAUUUCAUCAGCAGAAUAUGCUGGAGCAGCAGUUUUUGUUUGCGUUGGUCUAGGUGAUUUCAGUAAGGAACCAUCUUCAGAUUGCUGCUUGGGAAAGUCAUUUAUAAUUUGUUCCUUUUAUUCAGGUUUGUUCAAAGUAGAAAUAGCCUUCUUGUGUCUUCUCAUUACAAAGCUAAUACAUGCUCACUGUAAAAAUUGAAACAAUACAGAAAUGUAUCAAGUAGAAAGUAUUAAGUCCCAUCGUCCAGACAACCACUGCUCAAAGUUUCAUGUAUGUCCCUCUAGAUUCUCUCAUUUAAACAUAUAAUGUCUAUUAUCACUUUUUCUACUUGAAGACAUAUUAUUUCCUCAGAAGUUCAACACAAGUUCCACUGACCUUAUCCUUCCAUGACCUGAAUGGAUGCCAUCCUUUAUCACAAUGUUAGAGUUAUCUUUGAAAGAGGGCAACCUAAAUAUAUUCCUGAUCAAAAUUUGGGGUUUGUUACUACCAUACACAGAUCAGACUUACAUGCAGAAUUGGGCCUGCAAAGAGAGGUUUGGUGAAAACAGGUAUUUCCGGAAUCGUUCAAAUUGCAAAUGGAAACUCGGACCCACUAUCUAAAGAGGAAUAUACUGGAAAACUAAUCUGAAGAGUUAGCAGAUUGUGUACUAGAUUGAACACUUGAAAUACAAUGCAAUGAGACUUUCUGCACUAAAACUUACCCUAGUAUAUAAAACAAUGAUGUGUAUAUUAUAUAACAGUGAUGUGUACAUUUCUGACAUCCCAUGCAUAAUAUACACAGUUUGUAUAAAUGCAUACAUUUAAAAAUAUAUAUGUACAAUACAGCUAACAUAAACUGUAGUACGCCUGAAGGAUAUUACUAGUGCCUAAUAUCGAGUGUAAGUCACUGCGUGUUUGCAUCACCUUGGAAGUGAAGUAAUUGUUAUAAAAUUAAUCAGUGCAGCCAACAUUAUUUAUGAAUCACUUCUUUGAAACUGUGCAGUAGUAUAUACAUAUAUAUUUUUAAAUAACAUUUUUCACAGUUUUCCAGAGUUACUGUUGAAAUCUGUAUCACCAAAAAAAGAGCAAGAUUUUUUUAAUGAUGUAGACCCUCUUCAGACCCAGUAACCUGUGUGUGAUUUCCUGUUUGUAGACACCCAAGAGACUUUAGCAGUCACCAGCCUUAAUGCAUGUACAGGAUAUUAUUGUGACUUAAUUUAUCCGCAGUUUUUAAUCCACGUGAAAUUGGAAUUUAUAAACUGACUUGGAUUAAAUAAGUCUGCCUUUCUAAGGUUGCAAAUGUUACAUUAAAUGAUUUAUGUUGUAAAUGAGAGAAAUCGAGUUGUAUGUAAAAAAAAAAGGUGUCCACCAAUUUCUGUGAAUAUUUUUACAAGGAGACUUCAGAAUCAAAAUAUGUUCAAAUAAGUAUUCCAGUCCCCAGUUCAUAAUCUCUUUAGAAGCAACCUUGUUGUUCCAUGAUUUUUUUUAAAUGAGGCUCCCACAGAUUAUACGAAGUCUGAUAUUUUUCAUGGGGAGAAAAAGUGUGUUUACUACUUGUCCAUCUCAUUUCCUGGCACAUGCGUGUUGGAGAAACAGCCCAGUGUCCAGGAAACACUGAACAGGAAGCUUGCGGGGUCCAUACUGAUGCCCGCACUGACGGAUGUUCAACCAGCAGCGCCGGGACCAUUUUACUCAACAUUCGUUAAUGGCAUGUUAAUUCCCUGACUUGUGUGUGCUGGAUUUUUCCAACUCAAACCAACAAGGUGGAGUAAUGUUCACAAUAUUUGGUUGAGUAAAAUAAGAGAAUUUUGAACUAACCAAGAUGGAAAUGAUAAGCCAGUGGCCAGCCUUGAUACCCUUCAUGUGCAGGAAGGUUUCUUUUUUUUAACCUCACUGUUACUUUUCUCUCCCACCUUUUUCAUCCCCUUCCCCUCAAAUUAACCUAAACAAAGAAGCAGAAACAGCACCAAAAAGCAAACGAUUGCUUGGCCUUCCCCAGUCCACAUCCUUAGACUCGCGUCACCUUGUCAUACAGCAGAACCCGAGCUCCGGUCACCAUGGACACCGCCUCAUCCCAAAGAUGGCCAGGGCAGGGCACUUGGCUUUGCUUGCUCCAGGAGCCACUGAGCUCUGUAUUCGUUCAGAGGUGGUUUGGGCUAAGAAAUGCCCAGCAGUCUUUUAAGAACUGUGUUUCUCUUAGGCAGUUUUGCCUGCUACUCAGCUGAAGUCUGUUCCUAUCUGAAUCCUGUUUUAAAGAAGUAACAUAUUUUCAAUCAACCCUGGAUCAACUGGAGAACUGGAGUCUUGAAAGACUGUUUUUUUAAUGGAUGGGGGAAAACCCAACACAAUAAACUGCACUUCCAACACUUUGGAGCCAAAGUUUAUAUCCUCGUUUUCCCCAUUCCCAGAAGAGCACAAUUUUUUGAUAUUUCAACUUCCUGACAACCCCAAAAAUGUUCAGUCUUGAGAUCUGUGUUCUCUUGGAUCAAACUGAAUCAUUCUGUGUAUGUCAUCAGAGGGGUCUAUUUGUUAGCUUGGCAUGAGGAAAAUUAUAACACUGUGUUCAAACUAAUUACGUCUGACCACGGUUUUGGUUUUUAUUACUUACUUGGCACUCCGAGGCAGCAGGGGCUGAAUUCGGGUUGGCUCCAAGGGGACUGAGAUUCAGAGCUCUUACAAUAAUGGGCAUCAGGGAAUUAAAUCACUUUGUGUUAUUUGAUAAUCCACCUCUUCUAGCCAAUUUUAAGCACAUUGGUCUAACGGAUGAAUUCAAGGUACUAAUCUCAAGUCAGCCCAAGGAACUCCGUCUGUCUUUAAGCAUCAGCAAGUAAUGACAAGGCCUGAAAAUCAGAAUCAAAGAUUCAUUUUCUACUCAUUUUCUAACAUAGGAAAAGCUGAUCAGAAAAUAUUUAUAUCCAAAUAAGAUGUAAAGUGGUACCAAUGUUUAGGAUUUUCAAACAGUGCUGUUUGGUUAUAAAAAUAAUUGCAGUAUUCUAGUCGCCAUAUUGUUCUUCAUCCGCUUUCCAGUUUUUCAUAAAACAACAUUGAUUUGUCCCCCAGCAUUUAUCACCUCUUGAUUUCUAGAUACCUAAAUGAGCAAAGAGAAAUACUUCACACCGAGGGAGGCGCGUUACUUGACUGAGCAUAAUUCUACUGACAGUAGCCAAAGGUCGAUGACUUUGCAAAGAAUAUUAAGUCUCCUCUGUUACCUUCAUCCUACAUAAAGAGUGAUCACAAAGCCUUUUGAUAUGGCCACAUGAUUGAGAUGUCAAAAAUUCCAAGCACACAGCACACUGACCUUUAAUGAUGAACACUUUCUUAGCAUCAUCAGCUCUCUCUGGGGCCUAUUUGUGUGGGGAACUAGCAAUAUUCACACUUUCCUUUGAGCACUUUGCAAACCAAUUAUUAAUCCCCUGAAGUUCCCAGGGCCACCAACUUGAACCAAAAUGUCUUUCUCUGUGAGUUGGAUUGACUUUUUCGCUUUGGCAUUUUUUCACUUCUGAGUUCUAUAAGGCAGAUUUUAGUACCUUGACCUCUUAGAAGAACAGUGAUUGGAGACAGGAGCAAGCAUUCUGAGAUCCCCGGUCAUCACACCCAGCAGGAGCAAAACAUCACUGUCCGAAGAGAGGCAAUGGAAAUACACUCCAUCAGUACGCACCAAGAUGCAGAAAAAGGUGUGUGAUUUGGGAGAUGUGCCUUGUCCCAGCCCUGACUAGGUCCUAGAGGACCAAGAGCAUGACAGCCAGGCAGCCACAGGCAUCUCUGUGGGACUCGUCAGCCUUUGCUCACCACUGUGACACUGUCCCGCCCAUAGGCAGAACACUAGGAGACCGGUGAGCAGAGGGAGCAGCAGGCUGGCCCACUGCCCGCAGGGGGUGGUGCAGUCUCACCCUCUGCUUUCUCAUUCAGUUUGGGCCUUAAGAAACCAGGGAUACCCAGAGGGAAGAGGAAGAAGGAAUAUUGGGUCCAAGCUUCUGGUGUAGGCCUUCUCCAAUGAGAAAACAGCCUGCCUCUCGACACCCCGUUUCAGACACCCUCCUAGUGCCAGAGGCCCUCAGCAGCCCCAUUUCCUGUGGAUCUGCUACCUCUGAUGGUAAUUUUUUGUUGUUUGGGGAGAUAGAGGACAGCUGUUCUGGGAGGUUGGUCCCUGAGAAAGGUGAUCUGUCCAUGAGCUUCAGGAAACAGGCAACCUCUCGAGCUACUGGAUAGAUUUUCUUUUUUUCUCUAGUGGAUUAGGUGGUUGCCUCAACAUGAUGGCUUAAUUGCAGGCUAAACCUUAGUGUACUGGGAGAGAAAAAUCAACAAAGACAGGAAAUCUGACCAAUAAUCUAAAUGUUCAAUAUCACCGAGCUCAAGGCCCUAAAUGUUGGAUUGAAAUUUUUAGCUUUUAUUGAAUAUUUAUAUUGUUUGGACCCAGGGCUUCCUUGUGUGUCUAAAUCAGUCCUUUGAGAUUAACCAAAAUAUACAUUCAAAAGGACCCCCUCUUUUUAUGUUCACUGGAAAAGCCCUUUCCUAGCUUUUCUUCAGUGCAAAAGAGCAACGGCUAAAAGUCCCAAAAAGUCCAGCCUGAUUUCAGCCCAAAGUGAUAGCACCACACAAGCACUACCCCUUAUCCAGUGUAUGUUGGUAAAGAAUUCAGGGUGACGUGAAGUUUAUUAGCAUGAGGAGGUGUAGAUACACUUGCUAGAUGCUCUGAUUCCAUCUCUCCUCAGGCAGGAUGUCAGGGAACAAAGACUCCUGCAGCAGCAGAGCCACUUACCCCCACGCAGUCUGCCUCAGUCCGAGCAGGAGCAGAGCCGGGCACCACCGUUCUUACGCUGCGUCCUCUUGAUACUUACUCACGGAGCUGGCAACUCUAAUUCAAUAUUCCAGUACAACCUGUCACAUCAAACACCAUUUCAAAAUCUGCAUCUCUGUCUUGGGAAAGCUGUUAGCCACAUGGGAACUUGCUUAUCUCCUGCCAGACUUUUCCAGUGAACCAGUUUUAGCAGCCACAAAACCAAACUAUAGGGCCUUCAUCCUCUCCUCUUCCAGGAUUUGGCUGCAGGAUCAUUUCAAGAAUUGAAGAGGGUCUUAAACAGGACAGUUCCACCCAGUAAUUUAUGCUGUAAAAAUGUACAUGUUGUAGCAUUGAUUAAAGUGCUGUAUUUAUAAGGUCCAAUGCCAUUGUCAUUUUUUGUCUAGUUCAGUAUUAAAAUAGCUUAAGUUCAUUUUUUGCUGUGUGAUAAUUCACUUUGGGCUUUUAGUUAGAACAUUUGGAGGUGGUUAUGCAGAAAGUCCAGAAUCUGUGUCGACAGCCACUCUUUUAAUCCAAGUAGUCAUCCAUACUGGUCUGUUAAGCAUCAACCUUGCAAACACUACUAACUAAUGAAACCGCGUGCUCUUAUCUGUGUCUCUCUCUAAGUGUAUUUUUUAAAUCUUGACCCAAGCAAUUGAUAAAAUCCAGUGGCUUUAUACAGGCCACUUCUUCCAGCUUUUCUUCUCAAAAUUCAUGAAUACUUUUCCCAGUUAAAUUCCAGUGGAUUCUCUCUAAGUACCCCAGGCAUCUUUAUCUUACAGAGGCUCUGGUCUCCCAGGCUGCUUCUAAGUUGUCUGCAUGCCUGGAGCCCAAAGUGCUUCACUUUUGUGGUUACUCAGAUCUGCAAAAGGAAGUGAAAAGGUUAAAUCCCCUUUCUUUGUCUCCAUCAUAUAAGAAAAAAAGUUGUUCCCACCAGCUCUGUUUCUCAUAUUGCAAAUCAAAUUCCACAUUCAGAACGUGAAUAAUUCAAUAGUGAAUAAUUUUGGCAAGAUACUGGAAAGGAGUGUAGAUGUAUCUGAUAUUAAGGACUUGUCUAGGGGGAACUUUUAUUUUGUCUGAGCUUAAAUUUACAUGUGCAAAGAUGAUGGACUCAUUGACCAUUUGUUUUACUGUUUGGAGAUUUUGCUGUGUCUAUAAAUCACAUGAAACCCACACAGCACAAUUUCUAGAAUGGGGAAACAUCUUCCUGUUCUGUAACAGAAUGAGCCUUAAGGAUUUGUAACAGUAAGCACUUUUUAUUUAUUUAGUUGUAUUUGGGGGUAACAUUAAUGCAUCAGUACAAUUACUUUUGUAAUGUCUUAAUAAACCUUGAAAUCAACACCACUCUGUCUCUAAAACAUCCUGCUGUCUCAGCCUAGAACUUCUUCUGAGGAAAAUGUCCUUUCUCACGUGUUACAGUAUUUUAAUAGUCAGCUAGUCACAGACUGUCAUUGACUCUACAAAAAUAUAAAUUGCACCUGAACUACUAAAGUGGACAAGAGCAUUUUAAAGAAAGCACCAAUUUGAGAAUGCUCCUGGUGGGAAAUGUUAAGUGUCACUUUAGAGUGAAAAAGAGGUGAAACAACCAAUGAUAGUCUGGAAUAUUCUUGCUGAGAGAGAUUUUUAUUUCUUUGUUUUUUUAUAUGUCCAAGCUUUGUUUACUAUAGAGUAAUGCGUAAGUGGAAGCUAUUACACCAUGAUAUAGUUUGAGCACAAACAGCAGACAAACAUUGAACAUAUUCAGUGCUACAGAUAACUUAAGCCAUUUUUAAUUCACUAUAUUUCUUUUCCCCCUUUUUGAAAUUUAUUUUCAAUUGAACAAGUAAUGAAAGAGUACAGUCUUAUUAAAAACAUAGGCAAAUAGACAAAAGAAUCAAUGAGAAUUGAUUCCCAUCCAAUUCCACCCAAAGGGGGCCCACCCUUGUUGGUUGGGUGUUAUCUAUCCAUUUAAUUUUAUGUGUGUGUGUGUGUGUGUGUGUGUGUGUGUGUGUGUGUGUUUACACCAACAGGAUCAUAUUGCACAUGCUAUUCUGGCUUCUGAAACUUACUCUUAUUUAAUAGUAAGUCAUGGGCAUCCUUCAAUAUCAGUACAUGAAGAGCUACCUCAUUGUUUGAAUCAUCUGCACAAUAUUUCCAUAUUACGGUAUAGUUUAUUCAACAUCCCUUAUUGACGGAUAUUUAGGUUGAGUCAUUGUAUUUUUUUAAAAUGAGAUGUAACUCAUAUAUCACAAAAUUCAUCCUUUUUAAAUGUAGAGUUCAUUACUUUUCGGUGUGCUCACAAGGUUUUGCAACCAUCACCAUGAUCUAAUUACAGAACAUUUUCAUGACACCAGAAAGAAACCCCCUACUUACUAGCAGUCACUCCCCACUCCCCCUUCCCCUGGCCCCUAACAACUAGUCUACUUUCUUUCUCUAUGGGAUUUGCCUAUUCUGGAUGUUUCACAUAAACUGAGUCACACAACAGGUGGCCUUUUGUGUUUGUCUUUUACUCAGCAUAAUGUUUUCAAGGUUCUCCCAUGUUGGAUCAUGCGUCAGUACUGUACUUCAUUCUUUUUUGUGACUGAAUAAC